GGGCCCGGCCUUAUUUGAAUUAGGGGGCCCCACGUAGUGUUGACUUCGGACUUUUUCUUUGGAGGAAAUAUUUUCUCCCCGUGUAAGCGGGGACCUAGGCAAUUGCCUCUUUUUGCCCGAGAUAACGCGUCACCAGCGACCUAUUUAACACCACCAAACGGCGAAUUUUAGAGAAAGCGACUGCCUGAUUAGCAUUUUAUCGUUAAUUUUUAGUCGAAGAGGUCCCCUUUUUAUUAAAAUCUCUUAUUUUAAUAAAUUGCAGUUGGUGGCCAUCGGAGGAACCACGAAUCGAGCGUUAGAAGGCGAAGGCGCGACUCCUUGGUGCGUGGCCCCUCGUCCCAAUGCUCCUUCCCUAUCUGGAGCCAUAUCCGGAGCCAUGCAAACACCACUCGACCCACGACAUCCCGUUUAAUUGUACGUCAUCCGAUCCUCAAUUGUUAUUAAAUAAAAUUCAAUUUCUUUUUAUAAAAAUCACGGCUCGGUAAAUGAUUUUCUAAGAAAAUGUCGGACAGAACGUAAACAUUAAUACGAGGUCGAUCGAUCGUUAACGACGAUCGAUCGGACGCAAUUGCUGGAGAGAAUGAAAUCGAUGGGAAAUUCUUAAUUGGUGGGAAUUGAUUUCCUUAUUUAUCCGGAUUAUUUUUUGCGGGACGGAAAAGGAAUUUCCUUUUUCGCAUUUCGUAUCGAGAUCGGUGAUUGGUCGAGAGGCGAAAAGGCGCCAUCGAUCGGAGUCGGCAGGUGUCGCUGCGUAGACCGCACCCCUUCGGAACGGGCGAUGCGCGUCAUUGGGGCCCGGUCGCCCCCGCCGUAACGAUGACGUCAUCCGAGGAUUCGGGGACCACCGCGUCACCGGGGAUUAGCAAAGUAACCGUGGUUCUGUUGCUCAACUCUUCCGGGGAUGGGUCGUCGUCGUCCAGGGACCCCACCGGUCGCUACAUCGUCACCACCUUCCUGGUGCUCCUGUUUCUGGUGUCUUUCGCGGCCAACCUCCUCCUCCUCGUCACCCUGUCUUCCAGUUACGGCCUGAGGCGAGUCUCCCUCAACUGGUUACUCACCAAUUUGUGCGUCGUGUGUCUGACCGAGUGCAUCUUCAAUAUGUUGAUAUCCGUCUAUUACGUCUCCAUCGACGCCUGGAAAUUGGGCAGGACCGUCUGUUCCCUGGACGCCUUUUCCACCCAGUUGGCCACCCUCCAGACCACUCUGGGCAUCUGCAUCUUGUGUUUGGAACGUUGGGUGGCGUCAUGGCGGCCCGAACAAUUCAAACGUUUAUUGACCGUAGGAAAACAAUCGGUCGCCAUAGUGAUAUUGUGGUUGGCGGGUUGUUUACUAUGUGUUCCUGUGUUGGCGCGCACCAUAGAAUCCAGACUGUUUCCGGAUCGUUACGGCUGCGGUGUGGCCGACGAGAAGAGCAGAACCUACGCCGCCCUGAUGACGGCCUGGUGUUACGCCCUGCCGGUGGCCUGCAUGGUUUCCUACCUGUGUUACGCGUGUUACCGCACCUACAGAGACAAGAGAGUGGUCAGGAAGAAGCAGGAGAUGAACUACUCCGACCUCUUCUUCCAGCAGUCUUACCUGUGGAGCGAGUGGUCGAGUCACGGACUCCCGGUGACCAUUGUUACGCUCUAUCUGUUUUUAUACCUCCCCUACGUGUUCGUACAGCAGACCGGUGCCAUACGCUGCAGUUACGGGGUUCAAAAGUCUCCGGACGACCUGCCAGACAUCGAGAGGACUUCGAAACUGGAGACCACCUUCACCUGGUUCAGAUACGUUUUCGCCUGUUUGUACCCCUUGGCGGUGUUCUGGUUCCGGAAAGACAUCAGGCGCAAAUCUCUGGCCGUUUUCGGAUGUUGCAGGAGCAACGCGGUCGACGACCUUUCCCCUCCUCCGGUCAGACCCGGAGGUAGGAGGAAGAGGGGCGCCUUGAAGAAGAGCGCGGCCGUAAAUAUAGCCACUCCCGUACUGUUCGCCACAGACGACGGACUCCACUUGAGGGUGCUGGACCUGGGAGCCUGUCUGAACCUAAACGCCAAAGUGGACGACGUGCCCUCCGCUCGGCCCAGGUUCGUCAAUUACUUCUGCGACGUCGACGAAGCCACCGCGGAAGAGAGGGAAACUAUACUGUGCGUGGAAGAAGAGAUGGAUUCGGGACUGUCCGGUUGCAGCACCGAAUCUACCAUAUCCACCAUAGGGGAUCUGUACGUGGGGGGUAAAACUCCGCCCGUUUCUACCUCUCCAAAGCGCCCCUCUCCCGUACCCUUCCUGCCUAAAAUGGGUAGCGUCGGCUCGGAUACGGAGGAGAACCUCAACAGAGAGAUCGAUAGAAUCAUAGAGGAGGUGGGCUCUCCGCCCCCGGAGUCCAAGAGCAAGAAGUGCGUUCGGUUUGCGGAAACCAUCACCAUAUUUAGACCUCUGUCCGCCAAAUCGGACGAAUUCGAGGCUAAACAGAACCAAGUGGUGCAGUUUAUAGACAGCAAGUGGAAAAAAAUCGAAAGUUUCGGGAAGGAGCGCCAGAGGAGUCGAAUUCCCGUUUCGGAGAGGAUCCUAGCCAACAACAACAACAACAGUAUUAUUAACCCGAAUCGAAUCAGGACUAGCACGAGUGUAGAUAAACCUAGAAAUUUUAGAUACGGGGGGAGAUCGCCCACGUAAUUUUAGUAUACUUGUAGCGUGUGCCUUAUUUACCACAAGUUAUUCCUGUGUUAAAAAAUGGCUCAAUUUUUUUAUUAAUUGCGUUUUUCGCGGACGAUUCUCGUUCAAUUUCGGUCGUUUUAACUUAUGCCGCAAUCGUUUCUUCCGUGUAAAACCGAAUCGAUGCGGGAAGAGUCGCGCGAGGUCGAAGGUCGAGCGUGAAUUUUUUUAAAUUAGUUAAUUAAGACGCCCGCAACGUCGCUGGCGUGGCGAAGCUUACUCUAAACACCGUCUCGUGCGUGUCUCCUGCGAGAACUUUGACCCCCGUCGCGUGUCGAGACGGAAUUCUAAUUUGUUUAUCGAUCGACGCUCCACCCCGAUGGCCACAUACGUAUUCUUUUUCUGUGUCUUUCGGCGAUUGUCCCUACGGACGAUCGACCAAAAAUUCGAAUUAUUCUCCGUUUAAAUGAUUUUUUAAAAAUAAUUAAAUUCGUCCUUUGCGAAAUGCCACGGAAGUCAUUUAUUUUGGACGAAAAUUUUAAUGUUUAAGAGUCGAAAGAUACGACAGACAGACGUACAGCCGGUCGAAGCUCGAUUUUCCCUCUACGGAAGACGGCACGUGUGAUGCCUGCCUGCAUCGUUUGUAGAUUAACAUAAAUCGUUAAAUAAAAGUCGAAAGUUGUGCGGGUUAUUUUAAUUUUUCGGCAUUUAAAUUUUAAAUUUCGCUAAAUUUUAUACGUUCUUUGCUAGCAACGCGGAAAAAAACAUCGUUUUUAUUUUAACGGAAGUGUCAAUAAAAUGGAUUUUUCGGAAUCUUCCGUGUAAACACCUGCUUAAUAUAAGGGGUACGACAGCUCAUUGUCUAAACUGUGUAAUUGUUCGAGUCUCGGAGUCCAACGACCGUGCACUCCAAAGAAGAGUAAAAAUUCGAAGCUCGGAAUAAAGUACAGUAAACCCCUAUUAGUCCGAGUUAGCAGGGGUUUACUGUACAAAUGGCUUUCUUUUAAUACACUUUCUACCCUGUGGGCACCAAGAGAGCCUUUUAAUCCAGCCCGUCGCGGGUUCGGUAGGGCUUACAAUGGGGUGAUCGGAUGGAGAGGGAACGGUCCAACCCCAGA